AUGACUGACAUAAGUAGGUCACCCUUCACAGAUGAGAUCGAGCAGGCAGAGCCUCUACGCAAGUUUAGCAUGCCAUAUUUCACAUAUUUCAAAGGAGAUGGAGAUCCAGAUAGGUACUUGAAGCAUUACCAAAGCACAAUGGUCCUUUACCGUAACAAAGAUGCUUUUAUGUGUAAGAUAUUAGACACCACUUUGCAAGGCGAGGCGCAAGAUUGGUUUCACACCCUACCGCCACGAUUCAUUGGGAGUUUUGACGAUCUUUCUUUGGUUUUUACCAAAGAAUACUCAUCUUACCGCUCAAUCAAAAAAAAGUCCGACCACUUGUUCAAUGUGAAGAAGAACCCAAAUGAGUCAUUCCAAGACUACGUGAAAAGGUUUAAAGUAGAAAAGGCAAAGAUAGUUAAAUGCGACGACUCGAUAGCAAGUGCAACCUUCGAAAAAGGACUCCUAGCAGACCACCUACUGUUCAGAAAGUUGAUCAUGAAAGAAGAUCUAACUUAG